UUUUGAAUGAGAAAAAAGGUUGAAAAAAUAAAAAAAAGUAUUUGAUUUAAUAAAUGUAGAACCAUGGAGUGAUUAUGAAGAUGCAUAGGUAAUGCAAUUAGUGGAAUAAUAUGGGCCACAUAAAUGGACAUUUAUAGCAUCUAAAUUAUAAGGUAGAAUAGGAAAGUAAUGUAGAGAACGGUAUGUUAAUAUUGAUCAAUUUAGAUGGCAUAAUCAUUUGAAUCCUUUGAUAAAAAAGUCUCCUUGGGAAUAUGAGGAAGAAUGGAUAUUAUUUUUAUAUCAUGAAGCUAUUAGUAAUGAAUGGGCAGAAAUAGCAAAACAUUUAGAAGGAAGAACUGAUAAUGCAAUAAAGAAUCAUUGGAAUUCUGGAAUGAAGAAGAGAAUGAGUGAAUUUAAUGAAAAGUUAUAGAAAAUUAGAUAACAAUUUUAAUAAAAAGGGUUUUUAAUUUGAAUUAAAGAAGGUAGGCAUACUAUUUUAGAUUAAUUUGUGAACCCUUAUGAAAGGAAAGCAAUUGAAAUAAUAUUUUUAAAUAGAAAGUAUGCAAGUUUGAUAACAGAUACAGAGGAUGAAGAUGAUGAGAUAGAUGAGCCAGUUAUAAUACAAAAUCAAAAUACUACAUUGAGAACAAGAAGCAAUUUAAAUAAUCAUGUAUAAUAAACGUAUAUGAAGUAUGAAAUCAGAAGCAAAUACAUCAGCAAACAUCCAAGAAGAAAUAGAAUGCAUAGAAAAUAUUUGAUAUAUAAAAAAAAUUAAUUGAAGGAAAUAGAAAAGGAAAAAGAGAACAAAAAUGUUAAUAAUAUUAUCCCAGUUUAAAUAGAAUCAAGGCAAAUGUUUUCAAUGUAAUAAUUAGAUUAAACACCAUCAAAAGUAUAUAAGUAAAUAAAAAUGAAUUUUUAUUUAGUGAUGAUUAUUAUUAAACACCAGCAGCAUUCAAUCGAAUACAAAGACUAGCGAUUAGUAGUUCAAAAUUUAGUUAGUUUAAAUGUUCAAUCUAAGUAAUAUUAAAUAUAUCUAAAAAGAAUGAUACAUUCCAAAAUUAGUUGUAGGAAGAUGUUAAACAAAAUCUAUUUUUAUGA